AUGUCAGAAAAAAGUUUAGACACUAUGCCUGCUAGAAGUUGCCCCACAUCUCUCUGGAAUCCAAAAAUGAAGAUUUUGAAUAAUAUGAAAGCAUUUUAUAUGUCAUUAUUUCAAAGAUAUAUGUAUGUUUUUAUUUCUUUUGCUUUUCUUAUGCUCUUAUUUAAUGUACCUAGUAUUGAAGAAAAUACAUAUUCAAGAGAUAUAUUAGAGAAGAGAUUUUUUAGAAAUUUGUAUGAAGAUGAGUUAAUAAGAAAGGAUUCAAGCAAAGUUAACACUAGAGAACAUGGAGGUGAAUCACAGGUAUUGCAUUUGAGUGAUGUAAUAUCUCAAGUUCUAAAGGAUUCUGGUAUGAGUAAAAGCAAUAUUAGAAGUACUAAUAAGGUUGAUGUUAUUUUUGAUAAGAAAGGUGUGAAACCUAAUAUAUAUGAAAAUAAAAAAGUGCAAAAAGAUCCUAAUGAAAAAGUAAUAUAUUCUGUUGAGGUAUAUAAUAAGGAAGUUAGUGAUUCUAAUAGUGCUGAUAGUAAAAUGAAAUAUGGAGAACAACUAAAUAAUCAUUUUAUAGGGAAGAAAAAUGAAAAAAAGGAUAUUACUGGGAAAUUAGGAGUAAAAAGAAAAUUAAAAAUUUAUGAUCGUGAAAAAGAAAUAGAAAAACUAAAAAAUGAAGCAAAAUUUUUAAAGAAACUCAAGUAUGAAAACUUUGAAGAGUAUGCAAAAUAUAAGCCAAAAAGAAAGCCAAGUGAAAUAAAUAGCGAUAUAUCUGAAAGAAAAGAUGAAAGAGAGGCUGAUAAUGCAAAACUAUCAAUCUUUGGAAAAGAAAAAUUAGAUAUCGAAGAAACUAAAAAGGAUGAGAAAGUAGCAUUAAAAAAAAUCACUGACAAUAUUAGUAAUAUUAAAUCAGAAGUGGUAGGAAUAAAAGAAAUUGACGAAGAAGGAAUGGAAAGCAUAUCAAAAACUAUUGAUAAUAAUAAAAAAUCAGAAGUUGUUGGAGAAAAAAAAGUUAAGACUGAAGAAAUAAAUAAAAAAGAAAUGGAUUAUGAGGAACUAACAGAAAAAGAAACAGAAGAUGUUGAUUCAUUAAACGAAUGUUUAUUAUUUUAUCCAAAUAAUGGUGAUAGUAUGAAUUUAGAAAAUGUGUUAAAACAUAUUAUGGAAUAUGAUAAUUCUGAAAACACAAUAGAUGAUCUAAGUGAAGAGGAAAAUUAUAAUCAAUUAUAUAAUUUAUUAUAUAGGACUUUCCAGAAAAACUUUUAUAAUAUAUAUAAAUUACAUGAAAUGUUAUAUCGUGAUUUGACCAGUGUUUCUAUAUGGGAUGAAUAUGAAUUGGAUUUAUAUAAUGUAAAUGAAAAUGGUUUGUAUACUGAUGAUAAGGAUUUGGAACUGAAUGAAAAUAUAUUGUCUUUAAAUUCUAAAAAAAAUGAGGUGAGUACCUUAAGGGAUAUGUGGAAUAAAAUAAAUAGAAAUGAAGAGAAAAAAAUUUCACUUACAAUAUGCCGUUUAAAUUCUCUUUAUAUGAAAUUAAAAAAUAAAUAUGGUGUACCUGUUUUCCAUUCAACUAAUGAAUUGAAUAAUGCUUAUGGAAAAUUUUUGGUUCAUAUGAAUUAUAUGAAAUCAUAUUUUAAUGGAAUUUUUAAUGAAUGGAUUAAGACUAGUGAAGGGAAUAUCAAAGAAUAUAGAAUUCUUAUAAUCGCAUGUAGAUUAAUAUGGAGAAAAUUAAAGAAAAAUACUUUAGAAUCACUUGAACACAUUAUAAACAAAACUUUUGAAAAGAAAAUUAAAGAGCGUGAAUUGCAUAAUAAGAAACUUGUUCGUUUGUAUAAAGCAAAAUAUCAAGAAGAAAAACAUAAUUACUUUUGGAUAAAAUUUCUUGAUGAAUAUAAAGGAGACGGAAGCAAUUCUUAUAAAAAUAGUAUUACAGAAGCUCCUUAUAUAGGUUAA